AUGGACAGGAAUAAUAACUCGACCGGGUCAUUCAGUCAGCGAACCGAGACGUUUGUGCCACUUUUGCAGGUUCGCGGCAAUGUUUUGAAUCGACAUUCGGCGACAGUUGGACAUCGAGUGCCUGGGGUGGUGUCACGGAUUUCAUUGAACGACUCACAACAUUUGAGUACAGCUCGAUUCUCGGCUAGGGAACUGCCUUUCAAUGGGUGA